AUGGGACCUCCCGUUACCAGAUCACGUACACAAUCUUCGGAUUCUAGGGCUGCAUCCCCUACACCUAUGGAAGAUUGUUGCAGCUUUUCGCGAAGAGUCACAUCUUCUUUAGCUGAACUCUCCGAUGACGCAACGGUGCAUGGACGUGAUGCCAAAGAACUUCGCGAUGUCACUGCGCAAGCAGUUUCAGAAGCAUGGAAAGAUUCUCGAUCCGCCACCGCAGCAUUAGCCAGGCAAGUUAAUGAUUCUAAUAAUUCGUUACUUCAGGAAUUCAUGGGACCUCCCGUUACCAGAUCAUGUACACAAUCUUCGGAUUCUAGGGCUGCAGCCCCGACACCUAUGGAAGAUUCUUGCAGCUUUUCGCGAAGAGUCACAUCUUCUUUAGCUGAACUCUCCGAUGACGCAACGGUGCAUGGACGUGAUGCCAAAGAACUUCGCAAUGUCGCUGCGCAAGCCAUUUCAGGAGCAUGGAAGGAUUCGCGAUCCGCCACCGCAGCAUUAGCCAGGCAAGUUGACUCUAAUAAUUCGUUACUUCAGAAUCUUAAUGAGUCCUUCACCGCCGUUGGUCAAAGAAUCGAUGCAAUGCCUCAGGUUUCUUCUUUCAGCCCUGAAGGGCCGAUACCUAAAUUAUCUUAUUUCACAGGAUCGGACGGUGAUCCCACACCGUUUUCCGUGUGGCUUCGUCGCUUCGAAGACAUAUUGGACAUGCGACUCACUCCUCUUCCUCCAAAACUUAAGGCUAAAUACUUAAUUGGUAAUUUAGACGGAGCAGCGCGUGAGAAAGUCGAUGAGCUUUCUUCUGAAGAACUUAGAGCAGCUACACCUGGACAGGACCCAGCGGCACAAAAACAAAGAACACUUGAAGAAUUUAUAGCUUGUCUAAGACCCCAAAUUCGUUAUGAGGUAGAACCCUUCUACUUUGCGCCAGGCCAUUUAAAGAGCUCGGAUGGUCGAACAACUUGA